GGCGGCCAUUAUUCGACACCGUGUCAUCUACCAAAAAGAAACAAAAAAUGAAUGCGCAAGUUGCGUUGAUACUGCUGAUUUGCGAGUGUGUUGCAACGAGCGUCGCAAACGGCCAGUAUAUCGGCGACGAUUAUAACGAAGAGAAUUUGCAGGGUGAGAACGUGGGUUUCGAUCGUCUGAGUUUGCUUCAAAAGUACGGAUACAACAACAGAGAGAACCGUCGAAACGCAAACAACGCGUCCGACAGCUGGAAUGGAAGAUGGAUGCCCGACAGACCAGGCGAACCAAUUCCGCCGCCGAAAAUCUUUCCAAAGACCGAGAUUUUCGCCUCUGGUUCCAUUCACGAAAUACCGAUGGGCCAACCGUCCGUAAAUUGCGACGAUGCCAGGACCAACCUCACCGUCGACUGGAACGGUUCCCCGGCUGAUUACACGUGCUACUACGAGAAAUUACGACCAAACAAAGAAACGAUACCCCACUUGUAUUGUGAACACAUUCCCAUGACUUACGUGGCUAGACACAAAUGUAUGUACGAGAAAAUAGAAUACGACACCGACAUUCCACUGUAUGGACCGCACAGACCGCUCUGGCCCGUUUACGGAGAAUACAGAUUCUUGCCGAAGCAAAGAUGGAUUCACAGUAUGGAGCACGGUGCGAUCGUCGCGCUCUACCAUCCGUGUGCCAAUCCAUUGGAAGUGAAACGUUUGAAAAGCUUGGUUACUAGCUGCUUGCGGCGUCACAUCAUCAGUCCUUAUAAUCUGUUAGACCACGACCGUCCGUUGGCCUUGCUCGCAUGGGGAUGUCGAUUGACCAUGUCGUAUGUGAAUCCCGAUGUGGUAAUCGGUUUCAUUCGGGAGCAUGCACUUCAAGGACCGGAGGACAUACCGAGUGACGGGGAUUUCGAAGAGGGCCUCGUCCACGCUGCUGAAACCGUGUCGGAUCAUCUAGAUACGAACCUGUGCCCCAGCGUAGUGCGCGAUUAACCAUCGUAUCCAAUUAUUUAUUUAUUUAUUUAUUAUCUAUAUAUUACGUGUCUUUCCUUCUAAUCUAUCUGUAAUAUUUUCCACCUUUGUCGCAUCGUCGAAACCGAGAAAAAUAAAUAAAAGAAACGUAUCA